AUGAUUGAUGAUGAUCCAGAAUCAUUUCCAAGAAAGGACACUCGAAAUAAGAAGCGCUGGAAUAACAAUCCCAAAAUCCGAUGGAAUUUUAAGGAAACAGUCAUCAGAAAUGAGCAUAUUGCAUUUAGAAAUCAGCAAAGAGCAAAAGCAGAAGAAAUGCUAAAGUCAGCCAAAGAAAAAAGAAGGGAACAGGAAGAGCACAAAGCAAUUCAAGACUUAUAUCAAGCAAAAAUCGCACUGAGAGAUGUUACAAAUCUUAAAAGAGAAAUAGCUUCAAAGGAAGGAAACUGCCAGCCAGUUAAAAAAAUCAGCAAUAAUAAUGACUUGACUUUGCAAAAAACUGAAGCACAGAUAAAAAAAUAUAUUGCUUAUUUAAGUACUACUUUAUAA